AUGCUCAGUACCCCCCUCCCCACCCCGACAAUCCGCCUGCUCCCCCCAAAUGAACCCUCACCCCCUCUUAGCAGAAAGCCUCUAAUAGUCUCUGAUCAUCAGGAUCAGCUGAAGAUCGCUGAAGUUGGAGACAGCGUUCACCUGUCCUGCUUCAGUUCUAGAGAUACAAAAACUACCAUUGUGUGGAUCAAACAAAACCGUGGAGAAAAACCUGUUGUAAUCGCUACAUCAUAUCAGCACCAACCUGGAAUAUUUAGAAAUGGCUUUGAGGAGAGCGGCCGCUUUAAAACUCAAACAGCAGCUGAAAGCUUUAAUCUGACCAUCUCCAAUUUAGAGCCAUCAGACACAGCAACGUACUACUGCGCUAUUAUAUUUUUCUAUGAUAUCACUUUUGGAGAAGGCACCUUUCUUGUUGUCAAAGGUGCACCGCUGACAAAGCACAAAGUUCUCCAGCAGUCUGUGUUAGAGGCAGAUCAUCCAGGAGACUCUGUGACUCUGCAGUGUACAGUGUUCACUGAGAGCUGCUCAGAAGAACACAGUGUGUACUGGUUCAGACAUGGAUCAGAAGAAUCUCAUCCAGGAAUCAUUUACACUCAUGGAAACAGGAGUGAUGAGUGUAAGAAAAGCUCUGAGACUGAUUCUCCUACACAGAGCUGUGUCUACAAACUCCCCAAGAGAAACCUCAGCCUCUCUGAUGCUGGAACUUACUACUGUGCUGUGGCUGCAUGUGGACAGAUACUGUUUGGAAACGGAGCUAAACUAAAUAUCACAGGAUCUCCAACUUGUGAAACAUGUUUGGACACUCAUGAUUCAUGUGAUGAAGAUUUGAACUUCGCAGCACUGAGACUCUCCAAUAAACCCAUGUCCUCCAGACACAAUAGAAGACAACAUAAGUUUAAAGACCCUGACGUGUACUCCAAGGUCAUAUAUCAAUAG